CAAGUCAAAAACUCAGUAAUUGUAAAUACUCAGUCAAAAGCUCUCAAGCCGAUGAAAAGUCUACGUCUCUCACGCCAAAGUAAAAACAUAACAAUAUAUAUGAUUUAGCGACCAUAGCUCGCACGAGAAAUUUUACUUUUGUGCUCUACUAUAAAACAAAAACAUGGACCCAAGUUACAUGAACUCUUACGCCACCGGGUUUGACCCUUACUACUCGGCCAUACAUGCAUACUCGCAGGAAGUGGCCCGCAGUGCCAAGGAGGAGAUCGAAAAGCAAGCGGAAGACCUCAGAAAUUUUAGAAAGGUUAUGCUGGCCCAAGAGUUGGACAAUGAGAAGUUGAAAUCAGUGUCUUCUAAGCUGCACUCCGAAAUACUGAGACUGUCCGAAGACAAAGCUAAACUGAAGAACUACAUGGAGAGUCUGGAGAAGAAAAACAAGGAACUGCAGGACACUCUGGAUGUCACCAGUGAGGAGUUGUUGACCAAAGAAGCAAAGAACACUGAGGAGAUCAAGAGGAUGAAUCAGGAACUACUGCGACUGAAUGACGAGAAGAACCAGCUGCAGGAGAAGUUCCUCAAGUUAGAGUUGGAAUAUGUCCAACAGCAGAAAGAUACUGAAAUGCUGGCGGGUGAAAAACUGAAAGCCGAACAGGCAAUUAAGCGACUCGAGGCCAGCAACGAACUACAACUGAGUGAAAACGAGAAUCUGCGCACGCGACUCAAGCGGGAGAGAGACGCCAGAAUUCUGCUGGAGGAGUGGGAGAAGAAGCGACUGCAGCGACUGGCUUUUUUGGACCCCCUAGCCAGGGUGGUCCCAGCCUCCUACUAUCCAACUUAUGCAGGUAUGCCAACUUUGCCCAGACCCGGGAUCCCCGCGCCCUUGAUGGAAUCAGUGCCAACUUCAGACGUGUUGACUAAAUUGAAGCUCCUUGAAAGCGAAUUGCAAGCGGAGGCAGAGGCCGCCAGAAAUAGAUCGGGAAAAAUAGCCCAGGGGUGGGGCAAUAAAAGUUCAGCAGGAGGAGGAGGAGGGGCCAGGCCUUCAGCCGCUGGCAGCAGCACAAAAGGAUUGUGAUAAAAGACUACUAUGAUGAUUUGUUUUUUCUUAGUUUUAAAAUUUUGAAAUUAACCUAAUAAUG